UACUACAGAAUGACAUGUAAAGCUGCUCUAUCCACAGGUUAAGUAAGUGUACAUCAUUCAUUCAUCAUAUGCCCACAGUGUCCCUGGCACGUUUCUAAGGUUUAAAACUUAGAGAAUGAAUAGAAACACUCACCUUCAAGAUUUUAUUUUCUUGCUCAAGAUCCAUGUGGACUAAAACUCUCUUACCUGGUACAAGGCUUGAGAAUAAUUUAUUCUUAGAAUUGCACCUAGCUAAUUAAGAGAAGUAUUUUUCAAAUAAAAGGCCACGAAGUAAGACAUGUAUUAAUGUUUAUUUUGACUCCGUUGUUAUGCUUACAACCGUCUCCUAGUUGCAUUUUGUUAUAUUUGUAUGUGGUAUUUAUGUAGCAAACCAUAUAAAAACACAACCGCGAUUCAUGUAAUUCUAAUUUGAUUUGAAUUGGAAAUUAAGUGGUUUCUCCCCUUGAUCCAGUUCCAUCUGGCCCUCUCACCUACUCCCCACCCAAUCAGACGGGAUUAGCUAUUAUGGAACAGAUUACGCAUCUCUUUCUGACAGCGUGGCAUGAUCAAGUCAACAAUUUGGGAAUUAAUUGUGGUGAAAAGGAAUAUUAAUUACGACACCUAUUGCUAUGCUUCAGAUCUGCAGAGUCAUGCAGGCCUUCAUAUCGUUUCCACAGUCUUAGUUUAUUUGGGUGGCAGAUGACGUCACAAAAGAAAACACACCAUUUCCUGCUAUCAAUAAUACAAAAUAAAUGCUUAGAAGAGGCUCCCCUCUGAGACUUGGCGUGUGUUUUUUUUUUUCUGCCACAGCUCUUGGCUGCUUUGCUUGAACUUCUGUGGGUCCCAUGUAUCGGUGUGCUUGUGGAGAGCAGGGAAGUGACUUUGCGUAGUGUUCGGUUUAGGUGGAGGUGGUGAUGGGCUUGUACUGAAUGCUAAUUACCAGAGGCUCGUUAAGCGGAACCUGUAGGAACUCUUGGUUUGUGGUAACUUAGUCACUAGCUCUGUUGAGAGGGACUGUAGGGUUAGAGCCAAGCUCUAAAGGUACCCCAAUCCUUAAGAUUGAAGCCAAACUUAGUGACAGCUGAAGAAUGCCCCAAUUGUGCUGAACACUAGUAGAGGACUUUGCAUGUAUUUAAUGAGUAGAAUUGUCUGUAACAGUAAAAGCUUCCAGCUGCUGUAGCAUUAAAAGUGUAGGGAGACUAGAUUGUUAAAUGAAUUAUCAGAGUUGUUUCGGCCCUUGAAUCUGAAAAUCUGCCGACAGUGUCAAUGCUAUGAAAGAACAGAUUGCUCUGGAAAACUCCUCGCCUUGAGUGUGAUGGCUUUUAUUUGCCUGUGUACUGAGCUCUCUGGCUGUGCACACUUGUAAACCUCAACCUUUACAUCACUGUGCAAGGUGGCUUUUCUGUAAACAAUACUCCAGCUCCAGAACAAAACAAGUGCAUUUGGAGGCUUUUCUUGAAGCACAGGCCGCUCUCUUUGAAUUCACUUACCUUUCUUCUUAAUUUCCAUUUCCAGCCACAAGAAGAGGGGAGUUAAUGAUUCAUUUGCUCCCAGUGACCUUUUGAAUAACUGGACUGUGAUGUACCAGUACAACCCUUAGCUGCCUCUCUCUCCUUUUUCACUUCCUUCGUUUGGCUUUAAUAUUUACAGCCUCCUUCUCAGUCUACAUGCCUGGACGCCUGAAGGAAGCAAAACGUUUAUUGCCUCUCCCUCCCCGUGUUCGGGAGCUUUUCACCCAGCCCCAUUCCUUCCUUUGACAUCACACGGUAGACUCGCCUCCUGGCGGGGGACGCCCACAGUUCUUCCUGAGUCUCUCCUGUUGAAUCUGUUGAUUUAAGCAAAACAAAAAGAUGGAUUCGGACUCGGACUCCCCCUUUAACUACUCAUGGCCUUCCUUCCCCAAAAUGAAGAUUCGGCGGAGGGCGUCCAAGCAAGAUCACUCUUUUGAUGUCUUCAAAAAAUCCAAGCGUUCCCCAGCAUUCUCUGCUACAGGCCAGCUCUCUGACGUGCUGAAUGGUGGCGAUGAAGUUUAUGCCAACUGUAUGGUGAUAGAUCAGGUUGGCGAUUUGGAUAUUAACUACAUUAACAUAGAAGGUAUCACUACAAACACCUGCCCUGAAUUGAUGGGUUCUACUCUGGGACCUCAGAGCUGCAAGCAUAUCCUUGCUGCAGAAACCAGCCAUGGAAAAUACCCGCUAAGUGAGAAGAAGGAAGUGGCCUCAAGUACUGAAGCUCGGCAGUCCUUUGCAUCACCAUCUGGUUCAUAUGCUUCCGAUUUUAAUCUUUCUUUUGGUCUUCAUGGAUUUGAAAAGGAGCAAAGUCACCUAAAGAAAAGAAGUUCCAGCCUCGAUGCCCUGGAUGCCGACAGUGAAGGGGAGGGGCAUUCUGAACAUUCACAUGUUUGCUACACUCCAGUGUCUCAGAGUUCCUCAAGAACCGGGAUCCCUAGUGGGGAUGAAUUGGACUCUUUUGAGACCACCCCUGAACCAGAUUUUAGUAUCUCCAGGACCGAGUCCCUUUCUUUAUCAAGUAACCUGCAGUUGAAGGAAUCGUUACUUUCUGGAGUCCGCUCACGUUCUUAUUCCUGCUCAUCGCCCAAAAUUUCUUUAGGAAAAACUCGGUUGGUGCGUGAUUUUACGUUGUGCGGUUCUAGUGAAGAGCAAAGAGCUUACAGCUUACCGGAGCCACCAAGAGACAAAAGAAUUCAGCAAGAAGAAUGGGAUAAAUAUAUUAUACCUGCCAAGUCAGAGUCUGAAAAAUACAAAGUGAGCCGAACUUUCAGCUUUCUCAUGAAUAGGAUGACAAGCCCUCGGAAUAAAUCCAAGACAAAAAGCAAGGACGCCAAAGACAAAGAGAAACUGAGCCGACAUCAGUUUGUCCCUGGAACAUUCUCUGGGGUUCUACAGUGUUUGGUUUGUGAUAAAACGCUCCUGGGGAAGGAGUCAUUCCAGUGUUCCAACUGUAAUGCAAAUGUACACAAGGGCUGUAAAGACGGUGCCCCUCCAUGUACCAAGAAAUUCCAAGAGAAACAUAACAAGAACAAGCUGCAGACCACCCUUGGAAAUUCUUCAUUCCGAGACAUCCCGCACCCUGGUCUCUCCUUGCACCCUUCUUCCUCCAUGCCUAUUGGAUUGCCCACUGGGAGAAAAGAAACUUCAGUGCAGGUCCAUCCAUUGUCCAGAAGUGUUCCAGGCACUACCUUGGAAAGCUUCAGAAGGUCAGGGCUCUCCUUGGAGUCUGAGAGUGACGGGAACAACUGGAGAAGCAGGUCUCAUUCCGAUGAGCUUUUACAGUCUAUGGGCUCUUCUCCUUCCACGGAGUCCUUUUUAAUGGAAGAUGUCGUGGAUUCUUCUCUGUGGAGUGACCUCAGCAGUGAUGCCCAGGAGCUGGAGGCAGAAUCUUGGAGCCUGGUGGUGGAUCCCUCGUUUUGCAGUAAGCAGGGGAAGGAUGUCAUCAAAAGACAGGAUGUCAUUUUUGAGCUGAUGCAAACAGAGAUGCAUCACAUCCAGACCCUGCUCAUCAUGUCCGAGAUCUUCAGGAAAGGGAUGAAGGAGGAGCUCCAGCUUGAUCACAGCACCGUGGAUAAAAUCUUUCCUUGCUUAGAUGAGUUACUUGAAAUCCACAGGCAUUUCUUUUCUAGUAUGAAGGAGCGAAGGCAGGAGUCCUGUGCUGGUGAUGACAGAAAUUUCAUCAUCAAUCGCAUUGGAGAUAUUCUGGUACAACAGUUUUCAGAAGAAAAUGCAAAUAAAAUGAAGAAAGUAUAUGGAGAAUUCUGUAGCCAUCACAAAGAAGCCGUUAGCCUCUUUAAAGAACUCCAACAAAAUAAAAAGUUUCAGAAUUUUAUUAAGCUUCGAAAUAGUAACCUUUUGGCGCGACGCCGAGGAAUCCCAGAAUGCAUUCUGCUAGUCACUCAGCGUAUCACGAAAUACCCUGUCCUGGUGGAAAGGAUUUUGCAGUACACAAAGGAAAGAAGUGAAGAACAUAAAGACUUGUGCAAAGCUCUGUGCUUAAUUAAAGACAUGAUUGCCGCUGUGGAUUUAAAAGUCAGCGAGUAUGAGAAAAACCAAAAAUGGCUUGAGAUCUUGAAUAAGAUCGAAAACAAAACCUACACAAAGCUCAAAAAUGGCCAUGUGUUUAGGAAGCAAGCACUGAUAAGUAAAGAAAGGACUCUGUUAUAUGAUGGCCUUGUUUACUGGAAAACUGCCACAGGUCGUUUCAAAGAUAUCCUGGCUCUCCUCCUAACUGAUGUGCUGCUCUUUUUACAAGAAAAAGACCAGAAAUACAUCUUUGCAGCUGUUGAUCAGAAGCCAUCCGUUAUUUCCCUUCAGAAGCUUAUUGCUAGAGAAGUUGCUAAUGAGGAAAGAGGAAUGUUUCUAAUCAGUGCUUCAUCUGCCGGUCCUGAGAUGUAUGAAAUUCAUACCAACUCCAAGGAGGAACGGAAUAACUGGAUGAGACGCAUCCAACAGGCAGUAGAAAGUUGCCCAGAAGAAGAAGGGGGAAGGACAAGUGAAUCUGAUGAGGAGAGGCGGAAAGCUGAAGCAAGAGUGGCCAGAAUUCAGCAAUGUCAAGAAAUCCUCAGUAACCAAGACCAACAAAUUUGCACAUAUUUGGAGGAGAAGCUGCAUAUCUAUGCUGAGCUCGGAGAAUUGAGUGGACUUGAGGAUGUCCAUCUAGAGCCCCACCUCCUCAUUAAGCCUGACCCAGGAGAGCCUCCCCAGGCAUCCUCAUUAGUGGCAGCAGCACUGAAAGAAGCCGAGAGCCUGCAGGUUGCAGUGAAGGCCUCACAGACGGGCGAUGCAUGCCAGUCAUCCGAGGAAGGUUGCGGAGAAUCUGCCUUGACAGAUACGCUGGGUCCCCCUGACGUGCCAGGAUCUUCUACAGCUUCACUAGUCACAGAAAGGACAGGAGGAAGAGGCUGUUGGGAUGUGGAUCCUGGGACCCAGGGUGUGGGAACCGACCUGGCGGUCUCUGAUGCAGGGGAGAAGGUGGAAUAUAGAAGUUUCCCAGGUGCUUCACAGUCAGAGAUUAUACAAGCGAUACAGAAUUUAACCCGGCUCUUAUAUAGCCUUCAGGCGGCCUUGACCAUUCAGGAUAGCCACAUCCAGGUCCACAAGCUGGUUCUCCGGCAACAGGAGAGCCUCUCCCCAGGCCCGUCUUUUCGAGGGGGCCCGCUCUUUCAGGAUCAGGAGAAGUCCCGCCACCUGGAGAAGCAGCGGGAAGAGCUGGCCAACGUCCACAGGCUCCAGUCCGCGUUCCAGCAGGAUCAGCGGCGCUGGCACCGCAGGUGCGACCAGCAGCAGCGGGAGCAGGAGGCCAAGGCGAGCCGGCUGCGGGAGCGCGAGAGGGAAUGCCAGUCCCAGGAGGAGCUGCUGCUGAGGAACCGCGGGGAGCUGGACCAGCAGCUCCAGGAGUACCAGCAGAACCUGGAGCGGCUGAGGGAGGGCCAGCGCCUGGUGGAGAGGGAGAGGGAGAGGAUGCGGGUCCAGCAGAGCCUGCUGUGUGGCUGGAAACACAGUCGGCAGAGUAGCCUUCCCGCAGCAUUUUCUCCAGGAAGCACAGAGGUAAUGGAACUUAAUCGAUCUGAGAGUUUGUGUCAUGAAAAUUCAUUCUUCAUUAAUGAAGCUUUAGUACAAAUGUCACUUAACACUUACAACAAAUCGACUCCAUCGGGUGUCCAUCAGGAUGCCACUUAUCCCCAGAAUAUAUCUAAUUUGGAUUUGUUAAGGACUAGUGAAAAUCAAGUAGACCUCCACCUGGACGUUUCUCAGCCCUUGGAUGUCAACCAUGAACUGUGGACAGCUGCUGGGUCCUGUCAUCAGAUACCCCCUCUCCACCAAAGCAGCAAGGAUUCUUGUAAAAAUGAUUUGGACAUCUCUCAGACUGAGUUUCCAGCCUCCCAGGACUCACAUCCACAUGGCUCUCAGCGGCAGACAUUUACGGCCGAAGCAAAGCUAAAUCUUCAGACAUUGACUGGACAAGACCAGGAGACUGGAGAUGACGCUGAAGAAAACAUUGUUUACCUCUAAUUGUGUUAUUAUUUUUCCGAGCAAAACACAACACUGGCAUUUGGUGGAGAUUUUUUUUUUUCAUUUCCUGAUGUUCGUGUGAAUGUGUCUAAAUUGCUGUAAGAGUAAUAUUUAAUAUUUCAUGCAAGUUCAGUUUUUGGGCAUGGGUCCAAAUAAAUUAUUGAAAGCA